AAUUUUGUGUUUUCAGUUCGCCGAAAUUUUUUAGAAAAAGGAAAAACAGAAUUUUUUGAUUAGUUUCUUCGUUAAUUAAAAUUUCCGGCCUAAUUGUGUAAUUUAUGCUUUCAUCAAGGUUUACCGCUGUUCGUCGCUGUAAUAUUUCGAAUCAACAAUGGACGAUCAAAUCGGUAAAGAUGUACCAGAACAUGACGUAAAAUUGAGCCCUGAUAGCGAGCUUCGUUUCGAGGUAGAAAACAAAAAUGAAACCGUCUUUCUGGAGCUUAAAUCUGGCAUAGCUGAAAUUUUCGGCACAGAACUGGUCAAAGGUAAAACGUACACUUUCACUACCGGAGCUAAAAUUGCAGUAUUUACGUGGCAAGGAUGCGAAUUAAUAAUACGUACGAAGAAAGAUACCAGUUAUAUUGCCAAAGAAACGCCUAUGAUGUUUUACUUGAAUUGUCAUUGUUGCUUGGAACAAUUGAGACAAAAAGCCGAGCAAGACGAUUCAAAAGGACCGAUUACAAUGAUCGUUGGCCCAACAGACGUUGGAAAAUCUACUUUAUCGAAAAUCCUACUAAAUUACGCUGUUCGAAUGGGAGGUCUUUCUAGACGACCAAUUUUUGUAGAUUUAGACGUAGGCCAGGGUCAUAUAUCCAUUCCAGGCACAGUCGGAGCUAUGAUAGUCGAACGUCCAGCUUCGGUAUAUGAUGGUUUUCCACAAAUGGCUCCUUUAGUCUAUCACUACGGACAAACUAGUAUAAAUAGUAAUCCUGUGUUGUAUAAUACGAUAAUUUCUCGAAUGGCUGAUCUAGUUCAUCAACGAAUGGAAUCAAACAAAAAAGUGAAAGCAUCCGGUGUUAUUAUAAAUACCAUGGGAUGGAUUAAAGGCAAAGGAUACCAACAUUUAACCCAUAUAGCUCAAGCUUUUGAAGUCAGCAUAAUUUUAGUAUUGGAUCAAGAAAGAUUAUAUAACGAAUUAGUUCGUGACAUGCCCUCGUUCGUUAAAGUGACAUUGCUGCCGAAAAGUGGCGGAGUCGUCGAAAGAACCCCGGCUGUGAGAUCGGAAGCUCGAAAUUUUCGAAUAAGAGAAUAUUUUUAUGGUACUCCGCAAUGUCAACUUCAUCCGCAUUCGUUCGAUGUGAAAUUUACAGAUGUUAAAAUUUACCGAAUCGGCGCUCCUGCUUUACCGGACUCGUGUAUGCCAUUGGGAAUGAAAUCCGACGACUAUUUGACGAAAUUGGUCGCUGUUACACCUGGACCGAGUAUUUUACACCAUAUCCUUUCCGUUAGCCAUGCAACUUCACCGGAUGAAGAUGUUAUCAAAAGUAACAUUGCUGGCUUCGUUUGCAUAACGAAUGUUGACACGGAAAGACAACUGUUAACGGUUCUAUCUCCUCAGCCGAAACCUCUUCCUGACGCUUGUUUGAUAUUAUCCGAUGUGUCGUUUAUGGACAAUCGUUAAUUUUUUUGUGUGUGUUUGUUUUAAGGUCUCCUUUUUGAAUAUAAUAUAUAAGAUUUUAUGCAUU